UACAUGUUUGUAGUAUUUGAAUGUGUAUUUUUAUCAUGCUACAUUUAAUCAUCUGCCCUACAAUAUACGUUAACUACAGCUGUAGCUCAUCACGUUGAUUGUGCCAUGCUGUUUUCGUAUGUAGCUGUUGUGAUGCUGUUGAACUGGUUCCAGAGCCCUUGCUGUGCGUCGAAUAGAUACAAUGGAAACACCAAGAGAUGUACAGCCGCCAAAGCAGCAGCCAAUGUUCUACAUAUGUGGCGAGUGCCACAAGGAAAUCGAAAUCAAAGCCCGUGAUCCCAUCCGGUGCAGAGAGUGCGGCUACAGGAUCAUGUACAAGAAGAGAACAAAUAGAUUGGUUGUUUUUGAUGCCCGAUGAAGCGGAGGAAUGUUUUUGUGCUGUCUUUGUUGUUGGAUUUGCUUUUGGGUUUUAUUAAAACAUAAUUUUCACUGA